AGUUGCGCCAGCCAGUCCUAGUUGCUACUCGCCAGACAGUUUUGGAGUGAACGCGUUUGUGUUCGGUCCGUCCGAGCCCGUCGGUGAAUGCGCGUUUGUGACGUCGUCGAAAAUAAUUUAAACGUAUAUCCCGAUAUUAUCGUACUUACAAUAGAAAAUAAUAUUUGUUCGAAACGUGACCGAGCAGUCGAUAGUAAAAUAAGUGAUAUAGAAACUAUAUUAUAACCGCGGUGACUGCAGGUGGAAAACGGACGUAGUGGAUGAAGGCGUUUUUGUUAUUUUUGGUUGUUUUUGUUGUUGUUAUUAUUAUUUUUGUUGUUGAUAUUAUAUCGCUGUAAUAUUAUAUCGUAUUUAUUAGUGCCUCCUAUUAUAUAUAAUACGAUCUAAUAAUAUACUCCCCUGUGGCCGAUAUACCUGUGCAUCGGAAACACCAUUGCAGCUUGAUGUGCACCAGCGGCGGCUGCAGCUGAUCAACCAAUCACGACCUGCGCCCACCGAAGACGUCAGCAUGUCCGGCUUACAGCAGCAGCAACAGGAACAGCACCAACAGGUGAGCAUCAAAAUGGAACCGAUAGGACCAAGCAGCCCUCCGUCGGGCGUCAACAGCAACCUGGUAGUCCGGGUAGACCAGAACUCGGAAACAGACUUACAGGCGCUGUUCGACACGGUUCUGAAGCCGGACGGCAAGAAGCCCCUCCAGUUGCCGUUGCGCAUGCGACAACUGCCCAAGUCGUUCUUCAACCCUCCGUCGACGGGUUCCAAGUCGCCGUCCAUAUCGCACAGCCGCGAAAACUCGGGUGAUUCGGCAUUCGGCACUGCAAAUGUGGGUCCGUCGUGCUCAGGGCCGGUCCCAUUACACUCGCGCGCGCACAGCUCACCCGCCUCGCUGCAGCAGACGUAUGCCGUCGGAGCGGCCAUGCAGCAGCAGAAACAGCAGCACGCCAAACAGCGAAGCUAUGACAUUUCCAGCACCAUCGACGAGUUGGGCCCGCUGCCGCAGGGUUGGGAACAGGCCCGGACGCCCGAGGGACAGAUUUACUAUUUGAAUCACCUCACCAGAACAACCCAAUGGGAAGAUCCGAGAAAGAGCUUGGCCGCUCAAGCGGCGAACCAACACCAGCGCAGCGCCGAACAAUUGCUAAGCCCCGGCAACGACAGUGGAUCGAGCACGAACGCUACCAGCACUCCAACAAACUCGCCUCCGCACAUUCAUUCAACCCUCCAAGGAGCGAACAAAAACGUAACACUAGGACCGCUGCCCGAAGGAUGGGAACAAGCCGUCACCGGUGACGGCGAGACUUACUUCAUAAACCACAUUGCCAGGACCACGUCGUGGUUCGAUCCGAGAAUACCCGUUCAUUUGCAAAGAGCGCCAACGUCGGGCGCCGUGCUGCCUUCCGGUUCUGCGUCGUGGCUGGCAAACGGCGUUUCCGGUUUGUCGCAGUCGCUCCAAGCCUCCCAGCAAAAACUCAGGUUACAAUCGCUUCAAUUAGAGCGCGAACGUUUAAAGAGUCGCCAACAGGAAAUCAUUCGUCAGCAAGAUCUGAUGCAACGCUCGGGUCAGACGAACAACGACCUCGACCCGUUCCUAUCGUGCAGCAGCAGUAGCGUAGAUCAUUCGCGGCAAGAAUCGGCCGACAGCGGCUUGGGCCUGGGAAACAACUACUCGCUGCCGCACACUCCCGAAGACUUUUUGUCGUCCAACAUGGACGACAACAUGGACUGUACUUCAGAGAGCGAUAAUCCGGGUCCUUCGUCCAUGUCGGUAGUCGAUUCACAGGAAAUGUCCACGUUGGAUGUCACCGACGACUUAGUCCCGUCGCUUCAAUUAGGGGACGAAUUUAUAAGUAUGGACGAAGUACAAUUGUUGAUCGACCCGAACAAUAAACCAGGAUCGAUUUUGACUUGGCUUUAAAAACGUCUCGCACAUUAACUGUGUUUUUAAGUUUAUUAUUAUUUUUUUUUUAAUGUCACCCUCAUAAAGAAAUUUAAAAUGUAUACAUAAAUAUAUAUUUAUUUAUGUGUGUGCGUGUGUGUGUACAAGAUAUGUUUGUCAUAUUAACCUAGUCUAAGAAUUAUGAACGUAUGUGUGUCGUAUGACGUGUGAAAAAUUAUUUAUGACGUUGCACUAUAUUAUUAUAUUAAUACAAUAUUAUAUUAUAGAGUAUCGCCCCGGCGCAGCGGCGUUAUAGCGCGUAUGUCACGUAACUAAUUAUCGAUUGUUCCGUUUUAGGUUUAUAUAGAUUAUAAUAAAUAUUAUUAUUAUCAAAAAACAAUGCGCGUAAGCACCGGUGAAUCGGAUAAUAAAACAAAAACAAAACUGUGUUAGAUUGAAAUUUGAAUGUCGAAACGUCGUCGUGGUUGAAAGCACUGCCGCCUGCCUUUCCAUCCAAUCCACCCCUAAACGAAAUAAGCAUUUAAAUGAAUUAUUUUAUCGGUCGUAUAUUACAGAGAGUGGGAUCAGCCAGACGUUUUUAUACCAACGGAAAUUUCAAUAUUCAUUUUUAUUUUCAUUCACUGCCAAAAUCGAAAGGGUUAGAUUUUACAGGGUAUAUGAAAUGUAUUACUUCAAAUAUACAUAGGUAUUAUGUAUGUUAUUGAACAUUUGUAAAUUGUAUUUAUAAAUCAUCUUUUCACAUAAUAUAUAAUAUACAUGUAAUAUAUUAUACUCAUGCAAGGUAAUUAUUUUAAUAUGAACUUGUCAAUAUCUCUAGAAAUGUAAGUAUAACAUGACUGCUGCAAGUAGUUCGCACAAGUUUCUAAAACGUUCAACACCAUCCCUACAUUUUCAAUGUCCAUAGGCUUUUAUAACUGACAAAUGGUAACACAUAAAUUACACGACACCAUAGUAUUAUAUUAUACGACUUUAAUUUUUAUCAAAUUUACGUUAUUUUUAUAAUAAAACGACCUGCUUUUGCCAAAUGCAAAUACAUAUUAGUUGACAUAUUUAGACCGAUAUUGAACGAUUUGUGUUAAAAUAAUUACCGUGCGUCUCUACAUGUAUGUAUAUAUUAUAUAUAUUUUUUUAAUUUUAAAUCACUAUGAAAAAUGUUGUGAGUAUGUGUGUAUUUGCGUUUAAAUAACGCCAAUUAUUAAUACGAUAAGAUUUAUUCGAACUGAUCAAAACAAUGAGUGCCUUAAAAAACUUAAGCAAUAUUUAUGUAACCGUCCUUAUUUGUUGAAUAUAUUAUGUUGAAUGCGCGGAAACGUUUUAUUUAUCUUGUUGACAGUAUUAAGUUUAUAUUAUUAUGUAUUUUUGUUCUCAUGAUAUAUUUUUAAAUUAUAGAGUUGCAAAUGACAAUCGUACUUAAGUCCUCGCUACGUGCGUAUUCAUCCACCUAGAGUGGAGCGCCAUACGGAAGCGAGUUAUCACCCCCCCCCCCUCCCGGCCACCAACACUUUUACAAUAGCACACUUAAAUUUGUUCGUAUAAAAUUUAUUCUCGUGCUUCAUGAAUCAUAUUGUAAUAGUGUAGCUGUUUAGGUAGGUAAUGAUGUUAUUAUUACGAUUAAACUGUAAAUAAUAAUAUUAAUUAUGAAAAAUAAUUAUAAUAAGAUUGAAAAAACAACAACAUAAACCCGUCAUCAGGCAUGGGCUAGAUGUGAAGUUGUUGUUAAUAAUAUAAUUUUGUAUGGUUAUAAAUAUAUAGUAUAAAUAUAUACAUUUAUAAAAAUAUUACGUUUAGUUAAAUUUGCUCAACUGUGAAGUUGGAAUAUUAUUUCGAUUAUCUAAUUAUCUAUUAAAUCUGUACUUCUUUUACGUGUUAAGUUUAAAUUAAUUGUAUGUUGUUCAUAAUGUAUUUCAAAAAUCAAUAAUUAAGUGAUAAUGUUAGACAAAAAAAAAAAUUUUAAAAAAAAUAGAGCUUUGAAAUUAUAUACUUAGUUGAUCAUUAAUAUUGUUCUUUUGACAUUGUUUAGAUGAAUUAUUGUAUGUUUUUCUUUACUAACUCUAAAAUUUACGUUUUAAUUUUAAAACACUUAUUAAUAAUAUUAAGACUGUUUGUUCUUUAUAUAAAUUAUGAUUGUAUCGAUUGUGUCGUAUAUUAUGUACAUUUAUUAUUAGUAGUUGUAAAAUUUUAUGUAAAUGUGUGUGCAAUCCAGCUCUAUAUUUAUCUAAUAAAAAAAAAGAAGAAAAUCCGAAAACGAUGAGGAACCAUAUUGAUAUUAUAAUUAAUUGUGUACAAAAAUAUAAUCAUAUAAUGGUAGGUACAAACGAUGAAAGAAUACUUCGCCAAACUGCGAAUAUAUCGUUUUAGCAAUAUGCAUAAUGCCUACUAAAUAUAUUAUUAUCUAUAUUAUUGUAUAAUAUAUUACUACGUUUGUGCCCAAAAUAUACUGAAUAUUAUGUAUCUCUGCAUCUAAAUAAUAAUGUAUAUUAUCUAUAUACCUAUAUAAAUAAUAUAUACGUUUGAGAAUUAUGUGCCUAUUUUUGUAAUGUUAAACAAAUUUAUAUAAUAUAUAUUAUAAAUAAAUGUA